GCUCAAAUGCCCGCUAAAGGGAAACGGGGUGGGGGGCGCUACCAGAAGCGCGAGCUGGGAAGGGGCGCGAGCUCGCUGCAGCACUUCCGGCCUCCCCGCUCCUUGAGGCGCCCUCAGGCGAAGCCACCCCGGAGCCCGUCGGAGUUGUGCUACUGAAUGUCUCGAUAGGCCCUAGCGCCCCUGAUAUUCUGGAGCGGAAAAUGUAUCCCUCUUGUAUGCAAGAUAGGAAGGAGUUAGCGCUUUCGGGUGAGUGGGGUCAAAAUAUAUGCGACUGGUUCUCCGUAAGUACGUGAACAGCGAAUCAUCACUGCAUCGUGCCAAAUGCCCACGUGAGAGGGGGCAUGCAUCCCGUGGCUUGUAUAUAUGUCUGCUUCUGAAAUAGAAGCUGCUGAGUAGAGUGGAAAUUAGUACCAAGUUGUACAUUUCUUCCAGUCUAGUACUGUCUGUGUCUCCUCAAAAGUAAUACCCACUGAAAUGAAUGGUCUGAGUAUGCAUAGGAUUGUAACCAUCACUGCCCAAUCUUGUGCAUGCCUUCUGAAAGUAAAUUUCACUGAGAUCAUUGGGAUUUGCUCUCAGGUGUGCAGGACUGUAGUGUGUUUCUGGGGUCAAAGCUUGCCAGUUUUGAGACAGUUGAUUUGGUUUUCACAAUGCUAAAAAUACCUUUAAUCUGAAAUACAGUCCUCCUGAAUGCAAGAUAGAAAAGCAAUAGAUUGCACUGUUAACUUAAUAUUAACUAACUUGGAAAAUAAGCCCACUGAGUAUUACAACUCAGCCCUAAUCAACUCAGUUUCCUUGAACUAAGUGUGUAAUGCAAAUAAGAAUACCACUUCCAACUAAAACAUACAUCUGAUUUUUAAAAUAAAGCUUUUAUUGUUUCUAGCCUAUAUUAUUGAAAAAAGAAUUAUAACAUGGCUACAGGAGACUUAAAGGGAAACUUGCGUAAGAUCGAGCAAGGACUUCGGCUUUUAAAUUAUCCCAAAGAUGUGGACUAUACUGGACUAGCAAAGGGUGAUCCAUCUGUAUUCUUGCCUAUCAUCAGUUACUGCUUCACAUCUUUUUCACCACAUAUUACUGAACUUCUGGUAGAAUCAGGUGUGGAACUAAUAGCAAAGAAUGACCUACGUUUUAUUGAUGCUGUUUAUAAGGUUCUCCGUGAUCACUUCCAGUAUAAGCCAGUUGUAUCAAAACAACAGUUCCUCCAAUAUGGCUUUGCAGAGAGAAAAAUGCAGAUUGUUUGUGAUAUUAUUAGUUCAGUCUAUAAAAAGCAUAAAGAAUUAAGUAACAUGAAUAAGGUGAAAUUCCAAACACGAAAGAGAAUACCUUCUGUUAAAACACAACCACAAGUAAAUUCUUCUAACCUUCUAGAUCCUUCAACUAUCUGUACUGUGGAUUUUCAGCAGAAAGCACAAGUAGAACGUCAUAAAAGUUUAUUGAAUGCAAAGAUCCCUGAAGAAGCAUUGGAGGAAGAGGAGGAUGAAGUUCUCUGUGGUGUUGAUGUUUUGGACAGUGGCACUAGUGUUUUGGACAGUGUACAUGAACGGGCUUUGGAGGAUAGUAGUGAAAUAGAAGAAAUGAAGAGCCAACUUGCUGAACUGCAGGAUAAAUUUAAGAAACUGAACUGGGUGGAAGAUAAGUUACAUGCUUUGGAAGAGAAAUUGCAGGGGAAGAUUGUUAUGGAUGAGAAGGACUGGAAUAAUCUACUGAGCAGGGUCUUGCUCCUUGAAACACAGCUGCUACUUCAGUCUAGAAAGGAUGACUUCUCUACUGAGUUUAGUAACAUGAAUGAAGAAAAUACCUCUAGUAGAAAUGUAACUCCAGUUUCUCUUGAGAAAGAGAAGGUCGAGCUGCCAGAGAGUCUACAUCAGUCGUCUGGGUACGAUUCACUAUUAUCUGCAGACCCAUCUCCCAAAGCCACUGUCGUUAAUAAUCCUGUUCUGUCAGAGGUUUCAAAAGAGACAGCAAUACAAAGGAUGGAAAGAAUAAGCAAAAUGAUUGAAGAAACCUCAGAGUUGUUGAAGACCUCAAGUAACACCUCUUAAGAGUAUUCUGCCCUGCACGGCCUGAUACCUGAAAGCAAUUAUGUGUGUCUGUAAAACUUUUAGAGCUAUUUGACUCCUUUUGUGAUUUCUUCCUUAAUGAAAUUAUUUAAAGCUAUUCAUUUUAUGAAAAUAAAUAUUUUGUUAUA